AUGCGUUGGAAAAGUUUAUUCCGUAAAAAACACGCUAAAACGAAUGAUUUAGACACUCCGCUUUUACGAUGUUUAAAUUUAUUUGAUUUGAUACUUUUAACUGUAAGUGGAAUGAUUGGAUCGGGUAUAUAUGUGUUAACUGGAGUAGUUGCCAAAGAUCAAACUGGACCAGCAAUUAUUCUUGCUAAUUUACUUGCUGCAUUCGCCUGUUUAUUUGGUGCUCUUUGUUAUGCUGAAUUUGCUGCUCGUAUUCCUAGAGCUGGUUCAUCAUAUAUAUUUAUAUAUGAAUCAAUUGGUGAAUUACUUGCAUUUCUUGUGGGAUUUACAACGAUCGUCGGUGGAAUGACUGGUUUAGCUGUUAGUGCUCGAGUAUGGUCUACAUAUUUUGAUGCUUUAUUUGAUAAUAAAAUUAAUUCUUUUAUUGUUCACCAUAUUAUUCAAUGGCCAAAUGCGCCGGCACCAUUUGCUAAAUCGCCUGAUCUAUUAGCUUUUAGUGUAACCAUAUUUCUUACUUUAGCUCUACUUAUUGGUUUACGGAAUUCAAAAUAUUUAACAAAUAGUUUAACUAUACUUAAUAUGUCGGCUCUACUCGUUAUUGGUAUAACUGGAUUUAUUCUUGGUGAUAUACAUAAUUAUCAACCAUUUGCUCCAUUUGGAAUACAGAAUAUAUUUCGUGGUAGUUCUCUAUUACUUUAUUCUUAUAUUGGAUUUGAAAUGGCAACUAUAGCGACAGAAGAAGCGAAAAAUCCAUCUAAAACUGUUCCACAAGCAACUGUGAUAUCACUUCUUAUUGUUACAUCACUCUAUUCAUUAGCCGGUGCUUCAUUAACAUAUUUAGUUCCAUAUAAAGAUAUUGAUAGUAAUUCAGCAUUUGCAAGUGCUUAUAAACAAUCCAAAUGGCCACAAAUAGGUUAUAUUAUAUCAAUAGCUAUUGUAUGUAGUGCUGGAGGAAAUUUACUUUCGGGAACAUAUGGAACAAUUCGUACAAUUUACGCUAUGUCAACAGAUGGAUUAUUACCAUCGAAAUUAAGUUAUGUAAGUGAUGGAAGACAUGUACCAGUAAUUGCAACAUGUUUAGUUUGUGUUGUUAUUGCAUUACUUGGCACAUUUUUUGAUAUUAAAGAUCUGAUUGGUUUUGCUGAUAUUUCUGCUCUUCUUAGUUAUAUGGGUGUGUCAAUUGGUUUACUUAUUGAACGAUAUAAUCAUCAAACUUCUUAUCGUAUUAUACUAGCUCGUGAAGAAGACGAAGACGAAGAAGAAGAAAUAUUUGAAUUAGAUAAUAAAAAAGAUAAUGAUACUCCAGAAAUUGAAUUAAGUAAUAUUUUGCAAAUAGAUCCAUUUUUAACACGAAUAGUUCGUUCAUGUUGUCAUCGAUGUAUUCCAUUGAUUGAUAAAUAUUUAUCUCCAAAAACUUCUUCUGUUCUAUUACUAUUAAUCUUCAUUCCAAAUACAGUUAUUCUCGCUACUUUUGUUAUUUAUAUAUUUAAUCAACAUUAUUUAUUACAUGUUAUCAUAGUUAUUAUUUGUAUAAUUAUUAAUUUAAUAAUUACAUUUAUUUUUUGUCUAUUAAAACCAAGGAAAUAUUCUAAAAAUUUACUUUUUAUAUGUCCUGGAAUUCCUUUAAUACCCUUAAUUAAUAUAACAAUUUUUAUUUUUCUCAUGAUUUUUCAAGAUGCUCAUGAUUGGUUAGGAUAUAUUGGUAUUAUUUUUAUAUCUAUUAUUAUCUAUUUUACGUAUAGCUUUUGGCAUAGUAAAGCACGUUAA